AUGCGUUUACAAGGGAGGGGUGGGUUCGGAGAGGUAUAUCACGUGAGGCACAGUAUUGAAGGGGAAGAGUACGCGGUAAAAGUUGUCAAGUUCCUUGACAUUUAUGGCGAUCACAAAAGACAGGAAAUAUUAAAAGAAGUGCAAAAUUUAGUUAAAUUGCGCUCAGAUUUUGUAGUCAAUUAUCGCAACUCAUGGCGUGAAGACAAUCUUCUUUACAUUCAAAUGGAUUUUUAUACACAAAAUCUACAGACGAUUAUCGAUAAUAAGCACAUUGUGUUUGGGAGACAACCGGAAGAGCCGAUGAAAGUAUACGAGUAUUUUAUUUCUUGUGAAAUACUUAAAGAACUGUUAGAGAGUGUGAAGUAUUUACACGACUCGUGUCCACCAGUUAUCCAUCGAGACCUCAAACCGUCAAAUGUUUUGAUUUCACAAAAUAGUAAUAAUAAUCGGUUUCUAAAACUUUGUGACUUCGGUUCCGCCACUUUCCACACCAUGACAUCCAUGAGCCACACUUCUAAUGUUGGAACUUCACAAUAUAUGGCACCAGAAACAAUCGGCCGACCAGUGGUCGAGUACUCGACGACUAUAAUGAGUGAUAAUAAUUUAAAUCACAAAUCGCGUGAUCGUUUAGAUGACGAUAAUAAGACAAAUGCAGUGAACAAACCUGUGGUCACUAAAAGAAAUAGUGUUUUGAAUACGAAGGUCGAGAAUAUGUCCCAAAACGAGGAAACGGUUGUUAAACUUAGAGCCGAUGAGGAGAGGGACAGACGUGUGGAGCGCGAGAAACACGAGAUGAAGGCCUCGACUGCGGCCGAAAAAGAGAGACAACAAGUGGUGACUAAAUCGGUGGUUAAUUCCGAGUCCGACGCAGAGAACCAACGAUCGGAGUCCGUGAAAACUGCGACUCCGAGUGAUAAUAGCGGGUCGCCGACAAGACUGACCGCUACGGCACUGUAUGACUACACAGCGGGCGAUCACGAUGGAGAUAGUUUGAAUGAAAUUAGUUUCGAUCCCGAUGAAUUGAUCACUGAUAUAGAGAUAAUCGACGAGGGCUGGUGGAUUGGGAGGUGUAGAGACAAAGUGGGACUCUUUCCCGCCAAUUAUGUACAAAUCAAUCAAAAGGCUAAAUCAGAAGUCACUGACAAAACGAAUGAUAUAGAAAUCGCAUCGAUUGGUGGCAAUAGUCUAGCAAUUGAUCCCAAAUAUAAGUCUUUUGAUAAUAAAGUAGACAUUAAUUGUAUUCAAUUAUUUCACGUUUUCGAUGACGAGAAUGGGUUUAAUAUAUUGUUUGCAACGAAUAAUAAUAUGGUUUACGGCAUGGGAUCUAACUAUUGGGGAACACUUGGAUUGGGACACGACAUGCCUUGCAUAUAUGGUUGGGGCAGUAAUUCAAAUGCACAGUUAGCCCGAUCACAUACGGUUGCGGUGCAUUUCACUCACUUGUUGUCACCGGUGAUGACUGUGUCUACGGAUGGGGCGAUAAUAAUUAUGGACAAUUGGGUUGUGGGGAACAGCAACUUAAAAUAA